UGAGAAUCUUCUCUUUAAAACAACCAUUUAGGAGUAACAAACAAUUUGAUUUGAAUACCAAACAGAUAUGGAUAACAAUAACAAAAGUCAGUUCUAUUUGUUUCCAAAAAAAAAAAAACACAAGUCAAAAGAGCUGAAUUUAAAGAUUAGGGCAUGUCUACCUCAGGCAAAAAUAAUAAUAAUAAUUAAAAAGCAUCUUCGCUAUUGCCAUUAUCUUCAAAAUUAAUCAUAAAACCCAACUGCCAUAAUUGUGUCUUUUUCAAAAGCAAAACACUGUCGUUUUGACAACUUCUGCUAUUUUCUCUUUCUGUGUGUGCGCUCAUUAGCACUGGUGGUAGUAGAAAUAGAAAUGUAUUGAAAAUCUCUGUAAAUCUGGAAGCUUUUUAAUAGAACAAUUAUCUUACACAGACGUCAAGAGCGUGCAACGGUCUAAAAACUAUAGCAUUUCUCUUCUUCACGGGAAAACCCUUUUGCUUUUUUUUUUUUUUUUUUUUUCUCUCUUAAAGUUUUGGCCUUUUUAGUAAAAUUAAUGUGGUGGUGAAACGCUAGAGAUAAUAAAGCUUUUGAUGGUGAAUGUAAAGGAGGAAUCUUAGCUGCCAAAUGCUUUCCCUUUAACCUUUUGUUCUGUUUUUUUUUUUUUUUUUUUUGAGCUCAUAAAACUAUGGCUGACGAUCUCUGCUUCUUCUCUAAGGAUGCCUUCAUCAUAAAGUCUCCAAAGAAGUCCCCUUUGGUUCUAAGGAUGGUUGUUUUGGCGUUUGUUAUGGUCUGUGGUGUCUAUAUUUGCUCAAUUUGUCUUAAACAAAUUAGUAUUAGCACAAAUCCUGGAAUUUUCAGUCUUGGAGUGAUUGAAAAGCCAUGCCCAGAACCUAAUAUACAACCGUGGGAAAUCCCUUACGUGCACUACCCAAAACCCAAAACUUAUAGCAGGGCUGAAUGUAUGUGCAAUCCGGUGCGGAAUUUUGCCAUUCUGUCAAUGCAGAGAUCGGGGAGUGGAUGGUUUGAGACUUUAUUAAAUAACCAUACUAACAUCAGCUCAAAUGGAGAGAUUUUCUCUGUUAAAGUUAGGAGGAGUAAUGUUUCAAUGAUUGUGGAGACCUUAGACAAAAUUUAUAAUCUUGACUGGCUAAGUAGUGCUUCCAAAAAUGAGUGUACCGCUGCAGUUGGCUUAAAGUGGAUGCUUAAUCAGGGUGUGAUGCAACAUCAUGAGGAAAUAGUUGAGUAUUUCAAAAGCCGAGGUGUUUCAGCUAUAUUUCUCUUCAGGAGAAAUCUCUUGCGCAGGAUGAUUUCGGUACUGGCAAAUUCUUAUGAUCGAGAAGCUAAGCUGUUAAAUGGGACCCAUAAGUCUCAUGUUCAUUCACCUGAUGAGGCUGAGAUACUAGCUAGAUACAAGCCUUCUGUCAAUACAUCUUUGCUGCUAUCCAGUCUGAAGCAAGUAGAACAGACAACUAUUAAAGCAUUAGAGUACUUCAAGAGUAACAGGCACAUUAUAGUUUACUAUGAGGAUAUAGUCAAAAACCACACAAAAUUACUAGAGGUUCAAGAUUUUCUGAGGGUUCCGCGCAAAGAGCUUAAGAGUCGUCAAGUAAAAAUACAUAAAGGAUCCAUAUCUAGCCAGGCUGAGAAUUGGGGUGAGAUCCAAAAGGCUCUUAAAGGAACACACUACGAAAGCUUCCUGUACGGAGAUUAUCGGAGUUGCAGGAGCCAACAGGAAUCCCACCCUGUUGAAAUUUUUGGCUAUAUGAAUUUGCAGUUUGCUUUCAGAUUUUUGUUCUGAUUUUGUCUGUUUUCACCCUCCAAAUUUAGUAUUCCAUUGAUUCUUUUCUCUUUUAUAUCACUUGUUUUGGAGAAACUCUGUUGUAUUAAAGCUAAUUGCAAGAAGGAAAUAGCACUUUCUUGUCCUUGUGUACUUGAAACAUUGUGCAGAAUAUUGAAAGAACAAAUGAAAAGAUGGAAGAUAAUCUUAUUUAAGCAA